ACCCGCACAUUUGGUGAGUGUCUAAACAUAUUAGCGUCAAGGGGGUGAUGGAAGAACACCAGUCGUUUAACAAUGAGAGACUGGUCCUAGCAGGACCUACGCAAACAGCACCCGACGAAAUCUACUAACUUGAUUUAAAACAAGUAUUGUGUACUAUGCACACACACCUGUAAGGAAAACAGACUUCUAAGAAGCUUGGUGUAUAAACAUUUGAUUCAGGCUAUAAAAAAACAGAAAAGCAAUUUUCUCCAGCCAAUAAAACGUCCGGUAAUACAAAUAAAAAAGAGUUGAAGAUGAGAGGAGGUUACGUAAGAGUUAUUAGGAACAUAUCUCGGUUAGCAUUCCAACCACAGUCUCGAAGUUCCUCGCAGCGCGCGAGAUACCUUACGAAUUCUAAACCGCCAAUAACAAGAUUAUAUAUCCUACACAACUAUCUCUAUAGUGCUUGCUACGAUCAGGAAUAACAGAAGGAUAACUGGACUAGUUUAUCUUGUGAGUUUUUCGUAGUCUAAAUGUUCACAAUGACUGGAAAAUUUGCACUUUGUAUAUUGAGUUUAUCGUUACUUACUUGUAUCGCCAAAGAAAUUCCCUCCAAGGAAUUCUUGGACGGCAAUGAUAAAAGUUCCUUGUAUAGUGACGAUAAAACUUCUUUCGACAGUGAAGGUAAAUAUCAAUUGGAUAGUAACGUUAAAAAACCCUUGGAUAGUAAUAGUGAAAAUUAUCUCUUUAGUGAAGAUAAAUAUUUUCUGGAUAGUAACGUUAAAGAUUCCUUGGAUAGAAACAGUGAAAAUCGCCUCGAAAGUGAAGAUAAAUAUUCUUUGGAUACCGAUGGAGAAGCUUCCUUAGUUAAUGACAAUAAAAAUGCUUUGGAUAGUGACACAGAUGUGCUAAAUAAAAACAGUGAAUAUUCCUUGGAAAAUGAUAUUGACGAUGCUUUGGCUAAUCAUGACGGCAAAAUCUCUUUGGAUAAUAAAAAUAAAACGUUGUUCGAUGUGGACACUGAAAGUUCAUUGGAUGGGGAUAGUGAUACAUCAAGCCCUGUUGAUGACAAUACACAUAUAGAUAACCCAGAUGAAUCAGGUGAUGAUGUAGACAUUGUUAAAGAUAUUGACACCAUGGCUGACAACAUUCCUUCGAAUACAGUGGAUCCAACUGAAGAAGCUGAACUGUUAGUUGGCAAUAAGAGGCAAGACAGUGAUGAGACAAACGAAGUGUACAUAACGGACAAUGAAAAAAGUUAUGACACAGUUGAAAUAAUCCAAACAGAUAGCAUCAAUAAACAAAAAGAUACACCACUGGAUGUCAGAGACGUGAUUGAUAAAGAGGUAGAACCGGGUGACCUAUAUAGAAAAGACGGAAGCUACGGCGAUUCCAAAAUCAGUGAAAAGGACAGAGAACUGAUGCAGUCCUUCCUAGACGACAAAGGAACUGAAACCAUGCAGUCAUUAUCUCAAACGGUUUCUGAUCAAGAUUUCGAAAAUGAACUCUCAGAAACACACGAUAAUAAAAAUGAGGUGGUUGAAAGUAGCAACGAUGGUGCAACAUUUUUCAAUAAAGAGAAUAGACUUCCGAUGGAAGACACUGACAUUGAUUUUGACCAACUGAGACAGGCCAUGGACGAAAAGGACAAACAGCGAGAGAACGCGCGAACAGCUGAGUCAUUUGAACCGAUCCCGAUGCCGACGUCAUUUGAGAGUUACGACAUUAACCACGACGACGCUAUAGACAAGGAGGAACUGAUCAAGGUGACGGGAGCCUGGGAGAACGUGGACGUCGUGUUUGCCAUUGCUGACACUGACGGCGAUAAAAAAAUUAGCAGAACGGAAUUCUACAAAGCCCCAUUGGAUUUAUCAGGAAAGGUGUCGGGAGACUAACAAUGAACAAACUGAAGUGAAAGCAACGAAUAGAGAAAUACAAAACAGAAGAACAGACAGAACAAACGAAAUUUGUAGCAAUAAAUAUUAUUAUUACUUUUAUAUUGAAUAACUCACAUCACUUUUAUUGUUACUAUGGUUAGAGUUAUUUGUAAUUUCGGACUUGCUCAAUUAUUUAUCAGCAAUAUAUAAAAGAAGCCUAUAUUUACGUAUGUUACAACGUGCUGGCUUAAAUGUACCUGUAUUUAACAUUUAUAUUUAUAUUUAUAUUUAUAUUUAUAUUGUAGUUCGUGUUUGUUGGUAACUGUAUGCAAUUAUGUAGUUAUUUCAGUGUAUCAAACUAACCACAGCUAAGACUACUACAAUUAUUUUCAACCUUGAUUUCUUUAAUUUUAACUUGAUUUCCGUGCUUAUUUCCAAUGAAUGUGGUAGAACGCUGCCCGGUACAUACCUUAGUUGUCAGGGCUGUCUUCCCAGGACAGUGGGUUAGCAAUUAGUAACUUGCCAGUGGUUAGUGAGAGAAAAAUCGUGUAGUGGUCUAGCCGCCUUUAAAAAUUCACCCUGUGAUGAUUUCGGUACAGGAAUGCGUCCCUAAACCAGCCUAUCAGUGUCCGACGGCCUAACCGUUAGACCACCCGAGAUGAAACAUUAGUUAAAUACUGACUGAAUCGAUUGAUAAAUGUUUAAUGUUAUAUAUACAAAUAUAAAUUAAAAUAAUACCUAUUAGUAUAGCUGUUAGUUCCGAGUUACUUGGCUAUUUCGCUUUCGUAACAUCAUUUAGAUUAGUGCAUGACAACGUAUGUUCCUAAAAUUAUAACUUGUACUGUGAAUGAAAUUCUAAUUAAAUAUUAUUUAUAUACCAGA